AUCCACUUCAUCCUCAACACCAAAAUCAAGGUUGGAGAUAAUCCAUUCGCCAUCUUUUCUCCUCCUUUUCUAGAGAUUUGUUUUCGUUUUUAUUUUCUUGCCUAGACAAACUCUAUGAAAUAGAAUACCCGCUGCUUCCAUUUCAUCCGCAAUACCUCUCAAACUUUUGACGUGGUUCGUUUGACCCCGCCAUCACCAGGCCACAGUCACAAGUUUUUCAGAGUCUCACAGGCUUGAUAUAGUCUGGACACUGGGCACUGAUAGUGGCUUAAAUUCAAGUGAAUUCCCGGAAUUUGCCAUCAGGUUUCAAACAUUCCAAACAUGUCGACUCCGCGUGUCUUUCUUAUUCGCCACGGCGAGACAGAAUGGUCACUUGAUGGUCGCCAUACUGGCUUGACUGACAUCCCACUCACUUCCAAUGGCGAGAAGCGUGUUAGAGCUACAGGAAAGGCUCUUGUUGGGCCGGAUCGUCUCAUCGCCCCCAAGAAGAUUGCUCACAUUUACGUUUCACCACGAAAACGCGCCCAGCGUACAUUUGAACUUCUCAACCUCGGGCUGAAACGCCCUCUUCCUUGGACACCUCACGGCGCUCCUGAUGGUACUGGCCUUCAAUGUGAAGCCGAGGUGGAGGUCACGGACUACAUCCGGGAAUGGGACUACGGUGACUACGAAGGAAUCACAACACCUGAGAUUCGUAAGAUCAGAGCUGAACAAGGGAUCAAAGGGUCUUGGGACAUCUGGAAGGAUGGAUGUCCUGGCGGGGAAGCUCCCCACGAUGUAACCAGAAGACUUGACCAAUUGAUAGAGGAGAUUCGUGAGAGAUAUCACAAGCCAGCCAUGGACAAAGGAAGCGAUCAAUGUGGCGACGUGUUACUUGUUGCCCAUGGACACAUCUUGCGUGCCUUUGCUAUGAGAUGGGCUGGCUACGCUUUAAGAGAAGGACCUACUUUCUUAUUGGAGGCAGGUGGUGUUGGAACACUCAGCUACGAGCAUCAUAGAAUCGAAGAGCCGGCCCUUCUCCUCGGUGGCGCUUUUGUCGUUGAACUUGACGGACAAGAUUAGCCGCUUUUCAAGACCAAAAUCUUUCAGGCAUUGGCACCCAGAUGGUUUCUUAGAGCAUAGAAUUGAUUGUUUAAUGAACAUGUCCUCGGAUCGCACCAACAGCUGAGCCAAGUCCCCCCUAGUCCAGAGAUGGUAACUCAUAAUCUCCCGACGAUCAGACCCCAAUGAUAUUGCAUC